AGAUGUCAGACGUGGCCAAUGGCGAGCCCUGUACCUCUCCUCUGGAACUGUUCAACAGCAUAGCUGCUCAGGGGGCACUCGUGAAGUCCCUUAAAGCUAAAAAGGCAUCAAAAGAUGAAAUUGAUUGUGCGGUAAAGAUGUUGUUGUCACUAAAAAUGAGCUACAAAGCUGCAAUGGGGGAGGAUUACAAGGCUGACUGUCCUCCAGGAAACCCAUCAACUGUGAGUAGUAGUGACCCAGAUGCCACAGAAGCCAGUGAGGAUUUUGUGGACCCAUGGACAGUACGGACAAGCAGUGCAAAAGGCAUCGACUAUGACAAGCUCAUUGUACAAUUUGGAAGCAGUAAAAUUGACAAAGAGCUGAUAAACCGAAUAGAGAGAGCCAUCGGCCAGAGACCACACCGCUUCCUGCGCAGAGGCAUCUUCUUCUCACACAGGGAUAUGAAUCAAGUUCUCGAUGCCUAUGAAAAUAAGAAACCAUUUUAUCUGUACACAGGCAGGGGCCCAUCUUCUGAAGCAAUGCAUGUAGGUCAUCUCAUCCCAUUUAUUUUCACAAAGUGGCUCCAGGACGUAUUCAACGUGCCCUUGGUUGUCCAGAUGUCUGAUGAUGAGAAGUACCUGUGGAAGGACCUGACUCUAGAUCAGGCAUACAGCUACACCGUGGAAAAUGCUAAGGACAUCAUUGCCUGUGGCUUUGACAUCAAUAAAACUUUCAUCUUCUCUGACCUUGAAUACAUGGGGAGGAGCCCAGGCUUCUAUAAGAAUGUGGUGAAGAUUCAGAAGCAUGUCACCUUCAACCAAGUGAAAGGCAUUUUCGGUUUUACUGACAGCGAUUGCAUUGGGAAGAUCAGUUUUCCUGCCGUCCAAGCUGCUCCUUCCUUCAGCAACUCAUUCCCACAGAUCUUCCGAGACAGGACAGACAUCCAGUGCCUCAUCCCCUGUGCCAUUGACCAGGACCCUUACUUUAGGAUGACAAGGGAUGUCGCCCCCAGGAUUGGAUAUCCUAAGCCAGCUCUGCUGCACUCGACCUUCUUCCCUGCUCUGCAGGGGGCCCAGACCAAGAUGAGUGCCAGUGACCCCAACUCCUCCAUCUUCCUCACUGACACGGCCAAGCAGAUCAAGACCAAGGUCAACAAGCAUGCAUUUUCUGGAGGGAGAGACACUGUGGAGGAGCACAGGCAAUUUGGGGGCAACUGUGAUGUGGAUGUGUCUUUCAUGUACCUGACCUUCUUCCUGGAGGAUGACGACAAGCUUGAGCAGAUCAGAAAGGAUUACACCAGCGGAGCCAUGCUCACUGGUGAGCUCAAGAAGACUCUCAUAGAUGUCCUGCAGCCCCUGAUAGCUGAGCACCAGGCCCGGCGCAAGGAAGUCACUGAUGAGAUGGUGAAGGAGUUCAUGACUCCUCGGCAGCUGUCCUUCCACUUUCAGUAACGCUUGUUUUCUAUUUGCAUAUAAAGUUGCAUAUAAAGUUUAUCCGUAAUCCUAGCCCCAUCAAAUCAAAAUCCCUUUAGGCUUCUGUCACAUGGUAAUUCUUGGACUGGUCUAUAAACCCUUUGUGUGUUCUAGAUACUGUUUCUUCCUGUAAAGUCUAUCCUUCCUGUUUUGUGGACAAAUGCUGUGGGCAAUCGGUGCUGCUAGGGUUGCAUGGUCAGAUAGAAAAUCCAGCUGUGAGUCUCUCCCACAAAGAGCCCAGGCUGUGGAUCCUCUGUGGCCCACAGAAGACUGUCCAUCUGAGAACAGCCUAGGUUCCAAAUAUACUUCCAAAAUGUACUCUGUAAAGAAAUGUGUUCUAAGUGAGAUGUGAUGUUACCUCCCUGUAACCCCAGCACUUAGGGAGACAGAGACAGGAAGAGCCAGAGUUCCAGACCAGCCUGGGCUACCUGUAAAGAUCCUGUUUCAAAAAAAUAUGUUGUAUGUAUACAUAUGUGGAAUCAAAAUGUCAUUAUUAUAAAACUAAAAAGUGUUAUGAAUAGUUGAUGUGGGGAAGUAUAAUGGGCAAAAGAUGUGUUUUAGGCCCUUCCCCAAAAAAAAAAAAAAUUGAUACCUAAAACUGAUAAUUUUGCUUUACUAAGAAAAUCACCCAGCUUUGGGCUGGAUAUGUAGGCCAGUGGUAGAGCAACUUCUUAGCAUGCAUAAGGCCCUGGGUUCUAUCCCCAGCACCACAACAGAGAGAGAGAGAGAGAGAGAGAGAGAGACCACCCAACUUUAAAGCUGCUUUUACCAUUGGACAUGGGUAGAGUUUGGGCAGGUUUAUUAGCCUGAGUCUUGUGGGUGAAGCUUUCCAGUUGACUUAACUAAACUCCAGACCAUGCAUGCAUGCCAUCCACUCCAGGAAUCAUGCGCUUUGCCCUUACCGUACUAACUUUUUGCCAAAUACCCUCACUCCACCAUGCACAAUCCAGUGGCUCCCCACACACCCUCUGUAAGAUGCUAAGGAUGGUCUGUUGCCUUUGCAGAUGCUUUUGUUUUGACACUUGACUGAAGUGGAAGUCAGCACAGAGCAGUGCCCUGGCUGUCCCAGGCCAGUGGAUAUAGCUAGAGAAAAGCUCGGGUGGAGUCCUCCUGGCCCUGGCGUUUUACCUGUGGGCGGGCCACAUUUAAUCACGUACCACAUGUAGUCUUGACAAAACAGAAGCCAUUUCUCAGGGAAAGCCCCUGGUUGAAGUAUCUGUUCUCUCCAAAGGCACAGGGUCCACUCUUGAGUGCUCUGUCCUUGUGCCGCCCACUGGUAAAAAUAAACUUCUUUUGCUCCUGUCUGUGUGUCUGUUGCUGUCUGUUGUCUCUGUCCAGAAAGACUGAUGAGGUUGUGGCAGCCUUGCUGCAGGCCCAGCCUGUGUUACACCCACUGCUAAGACCCAUAAUUUUCCCCUUGGCCCUCAGAAGGUGCCCUUAAUU